CUAAACACGCGCGACAAAUCAACCAUCAUAAGAGGUGACCCGCUGAUUUUCGCUACUCUUUUUGAUUACUUUCAGUGAAUUCUCUGACGGGGACCUCGACAGUGCAUCCUUUCAGUCGACAUCAAGCAUCGACUGGUCUAGCCUCGACCACAGAUCACAUUGUUCGUUACGGUGGAGGAGGGACUAGCUCGGGAGGAGUCACCAACGGUGUCUAUGCCUACGACGAAAGCCGGUGGAAGACUGCAGUCGCCUCAUCCUACCCCACCACUACCAACUUUCCUGGUGUUUACUGCGGAGGGUACGAGUACGACCCCCGAGAAUACAUCGGCGGGGAAAUGGUUCACGCGCCGAAGAUGAACCACGAUAAUGUGAUGACGAAUGGAGGAGGGGGCAUGAAAUACUUGAAUGGACGAUGCGAUGACCUCGAUGUCAAACGCGAACCACAGCUCGAUCUCCGAGAGCAUUUCGAGUUGGAAGACGAUCCCAUGAAGCAGCAUCGAUACGGACGAAAGCGACGAUAUCGGCAGUCGGAAGGCGAGGAUGAGUGUCAGCUCGGUGACAGCAGCGAUGACGGCUCGUCGACGGGCAGCGGGAGUCUGUCGCAUAAAAUAAGGCGAAAAGGACCACAAUCUUUCGAAGAUCUUCAGAAUCAACGCGUCCUCGCCAACGUACGAGAACGACAACGCACUCAAUCACUAAAUGAUGCCUUCGCAAAUCUUCGUAAAAUCAUCCCGACAUUACCCUCAGAUAAACUGAGUAAAAUACAGACAUUGAAGCUAGCUUCUCGAUAUAUUGACUUUCUGUUUCAAGUUUUAAAGAGUGAUGAAGAAGACCAAAAGAUGGUGGGUAGCUGUACAUACAUGGCUCAUGAAAGACUUAGCUAUGCAUUCUCAGUAUGGAGGAUGGAAGGAGCUUGGAAUAGCAUGGCAUCACAUCGAUAAAACAAUAUUGU